GACAGAUUUCUGAGAAAAUUAAAGUUUUUCAAAACGGCGAUAUGGUCCAUCCGUCCACUAAAUGCAGCCAAGUAAUUCAUUUUCUGGUCCGUCGAAGCCGGAACCUAACCCGACAGCACUAGAAGAAAGAAAGGAACAGACUUUGGGUGGUCGCCGCUCGGUGUUGCGAGUGCCUCCCCCAAACAAACAGAAACAAAGCGAUAGUUUAAAGUGAUGUGUACCCAUUUUAAUGUAUGUCUCCGCAGAAAUAACACACGCGAUCGGGAUAUGUAUUAACCGCAUCAUUGUCGGCGCUGGCUGGCUUGAAGCUUCUGAGCGACAGGGAGCGUGAGUGAAAAGGGGCGUCAUCAGAUAGCAGACGUUCUCCGUCAGCCAAUCAGGAUUGCCAAAUGCUGCCUGUUAUUCAUUAAGAGCGCAGCUUGAUUUUAGGUUUAGAAACUCUCACAGACACAUGGAUUACAGCACCAGAAACAUUCGUGCUCGCAAAAGCACCCGAGAAGUUGACACGUAAAAUAUUGUUUGGGUGCAGUGUUGGUUGGACUGUAAGACGACGUUACACAAUCAUUUUUUUGAAUUGUUCAAAGUAAAGCAGAUCGCCUCUUGGAAGUGCUCUCUCUUAUUAUUUUUUUUUUGUCUUUUUUUUGCGAACUGAAAGCAGGUCUAUGCGAGGGCAUAGACACGCACGGAUGCGAUAGAUGGGCGGACUGGGUGUGAACUCGGGAGCGAACUUCUUCCUCAGCAUGCUGAAUGGGACCGACACACCAAGUUUUGGGAAAGAAAUAGAAAACAGCCAAUUCCAGAGCAAGGAUUUUGCAGAGGUCAAAAUGGGCAUCCCGGACCCGAGGUUCUACUGUCAGGAUCCAGGACAGGACUCUUGCGGCUUGCAGUUGCCGUACCCGACUCAGAGUGUCGCCGCUGGCUACGGCGGUCAAACCGGCAGAUUCUUCGCUCCUACCCCUCUCAACACCUGUAACUUCGGCGCCGUCAGGACCCCUCCCGGAGGAGGUGGUGGCGGACAAGGAUUCCCAGGCACUGGCAGCGAGGUCUUCGGUACACCCCCUGAAAUUUUCCCCAUGGCGGGGGAUGGGCGUUCAUUUCAACACGGGUACCCGCGAGCGCCAAUGUGCCAGAUACCCGGUCUUCAGGUUUCUGGGAAAACGCACGCCAUACUGAAUAACUACCAGCUUUGGGCCAAAUUUCACAAGUACCAGACCGAGAUGAUUAUUACCAAACAGGGACGGAGGAUGUUCCCCUUUCUGAGCUUUAACAUCUCAGGCCUGGAUCCUUCAGCUCACUACAAUGUGUACGUGGAUGUGGUUCUGGCAGAUCAGCACCACUGGAGGUAUCAAGGUGGGAAAUGGGUCCAGUGUGGCAAGGCAGAAGGAAACAUGCCAGGUAACCGGACAUACAUGCAUCCUGACUCCCCUAACACAGGGGCACACUGGAUGAGACAAGAGAUUUCCUUUGGGAAGCUGAAAUUGACUAACAACAAGGGUGCCAACAACAACGUGGCACAGAUGAUUGUACUCCAGUCUCUCCACAAGUAUCAGCCACGUCUGCACAUUGUUGAAGUCAAGGAAGACGGCUCUGAUGAGGGCUACUUGAGUCCAAAGGCGCAGAAUUUUAUUUUCCCAGAAACUCAAUUCAUAGCUGUCACUGCUUACCAGAAUGCAGAUAUCACACAGCUGAAAAUUGACCACAAUCCUUUUGCAAAGGGAUUCAGAGACAAUUUUGAUACGAUGUAUGCACCUGCUGAAAAUGACCGGAUGACUCCCUCUCCCACAAAUGCUUCAGGAUGUCAGCAGCUGAUUUCAGGAGGCCGUUACCCUCAGCCAUAUCUACCGGAGCAGUACAUAAAUACACACGCGCAGAGCCGUUAUUACAACCGAGAUCAGACUGGAGCUGCACACUUAAACCAGUCCAAAGAGCCGGGCAGCAAUGCACAUAGCCACUGGUAUUUCUCUCCUACACAGCCUCCUGCCCCCAGAAGCCGUAUGGACUUCAGCACAUUUGAAAGCGAGUUUUCAGGCAAUGCCUUUGUGUCAUACAAGCCGUUCCCAAUCCAGACCUCAGCUCACCAUCCUCUACAGUAUUACCCAGACCAUCCUUUUGGGUCAGUGGCACCAGGUGGUUGGGGGUCAAGCAGAGGGGGCCCUCAGUAUCACCAUCAUGCCAAAGGCAGGUCAGGCUUGGGCUGGAAGUGGUCCGUUACGGCAGAUCCCAGACUGCAUCCUCAAAUUCCAGAGCAGAACUUGCAUAUACUGCCUCAGGACAAAAGCAAGGAAGGUAUUUCUGGGGGCGAUGAUCCCUGGUUGGAACCCCCUUCUGUGAAGUCAGUGGACUCGGUGGAUUCAGGUCUAUUUGAGGGAGGAGAGAGCAAAAAGAGGCGCGUGUCUCCUUAUGCCUCCAGCACCGAGAGCUCUCCACCCAAUCGCAGUGGGGACAAUUGUGAGAAGGACAGUGGGAGUGAUGCUGGCUAUUAUGGGUUUUAUGGGAACUAAGGAGCCAGUGAGUAUUCAGACCUCAUCAACAGGCACCUGUGAUGGGCAGACCCUUUGUUUUCCUCUAUACUGUCACUUCUAGCUUUGAGUGUGUGUAAGAAAUGAAAAAUUAAACAAAGUACAUUAACUUCAGAGAUAUGCCAUGGGCUUCAAAACGCUCCUCCAAAUUCUCAAACAUCAUUGAUAUUUUAAGUAACAGACACACACUUGAGUGUGAAGUUAACUUCUGAGAUAAAGAAAAAGUCAAGAAUGUGUCUUCUUACUGAAGUAAUUUCUGUGCAAACAUGACAAACAAAACUCCCCUCCUAAAAAGGGAUCUAACAGUGAGUGCUUUCUCCGAGAUCAUUUUGAAAUCUAAUUUUAAGAGUUCGAACAACAGAUUUUGGUCUGGUGAAGUUGUACUAAAGUACUUUCUAGUGCAUAAUAGUCUUAACUGCAUUGUCCAUCUAUCUACCAGUUUAUUCAUUCCACUCGUAUCAUGUGAGGAUUAUGGUGUCAAAGAGCAGAACAGACCAGGCUUGUCUUUUUCGUGUAAAAGAUUCUAGCUUUUCCAUGUCGGUUGAGUGCUAAUCCCCCAAUUGGCACCGCUACUCACUCCACCACCUUUUAUUAUGCAAGUGGUAGGGGCUCUGUGUUCUCAUUUCAGGCUGAGCUUGGCCAUGGUUCAUGAGUGACCGAUGACACCACCACUUCAGGGCUGGACUCCAGGUUUGGGUCUUACAGCCCCGAUUUCACUCAGGGUUUUUUUUUUAAAUGUCAUGGUCACCUGCAAGUCACUUUUACUGUAUCUGGUAAGACCUUUUUACUAUAAGAAGUUUACCCAGGAGCGCUAGGCUAACUGGUACACAUUUGCUUCAUAGCAAUCUACAAUUGUGAGAAUACUUAAUAUUCACUUUAAAAGAAAAAAGAGGCUAGGCUACAGAAAGAACAGUACCCUAACAAUGGGGGUUAUACUAGCCACUAUGACCUAUGGAAAAACUGAGCCAACACACAGCGUGUUUGUCUAUAACCACAUGACUUGAUCCUUUACCUCAUUCAUUCGUUUACAAAGCUUGUGGUGGCCCGACAUCAUGUACUUUGCUUGGAAUAACAAGUGCAUAUUGAAGGAACUUGAAUCUCUUACAACCGACAGCAGAUAAAGGUUUAAUGUUCUAAAUAUUAUAUUUAAAAUUGUAUGAAUACCCCAGGGCAUCCCUGGUGCUCCUACAGAUGACCUCCUUAAUUCCAUUUAUUAUGUCCUUUCCCCCAAACAGCCAAAAAUUAUCACUCAACUCUCCAAUAAGAACAAGAACGAGUCUUCCUUAUGUCACUUCUUUUGAACAAUGUGCUAUUUCUUAGGAGUGAAAAUAUUUCCACAAGGGCACCAAUAUUCCUACAGGGAUAAGACAGGAAUGUUUCUCCAGAUGCCCUCAUUAUGGAAACAUAAUAAUCUGUUAAACAACAGUGGGCGAUAACAUGAGCCGGGUUCUGCAUGACAAUUUUAGAUUGAACAUAUUCUGUGUAAAUGUUGUACAUGAAGUGAUGACCUGUAUAUUUUUUUCUCAUAAACUGUGAAUACGAUAAUGUAAUUAAUGUUAAACAGAAAGUCUGGAACUUGACAUAUGUUAAAUACUGUACUACUAGCUCUCAAAAGAAGCCAUACAAAAGCCAUAUAAAAAAAAAAAAGGAAACAAUGCACAGCCACUGCCUUGUUAGACUGGAAAAAUGUUCAAUAUUUUCAUUAGUUCCCUAGAAUUUAAGAAGGAGAAUGGUAUAUCUAUGACAUUGUGAUUUAGUGCGCUGGACCAGCACACAAAGCUUUUUGGGUAGUCCAAUAUUUCUCUUUGAAGACUUGUACAAAUUUUUUAAUCUUUAUCCCAUCAUGCAAGUUAACUCUUGACAUUCAACACAAAAAACUCAUCCUUAACAAUCCUGAUGGUCAAUGCAGUGGGGUCAGAUGUGCUGCAGUUACAUUUUUUUUAGUCUAGUGGGCACAGAACAUUAAACAAACAUUUAGGCAUACAUGACAAUACAAACAAAUGAGUUGGAGAGGGACACAAGGGGGUUUUUAUCUGGGCCAAAAACAGAAACAUUACAAUUUUGCUUUCUUACCAUCAAAUCCUGAACCCAGACAAUCCACGUUUAGGUUACAACAGGGAGCCUUUUUGGCUGCACUGGGUGCAAGAAAGCAACCCUGGAUAAGACACCAAACAUAAACUUAAAAUGCCUUUUGUAAAACCGAAGAGGCACGCUCUCUAGCAGCCGCUGAAGCAAAUAGUGUACUAAACCAUGUGGGCAGACGUAAUAUUCAAAGUGAACUUUCUUCUACUGGCAACUAUGAAAAAAGAGCCUCUAAUGUGUACAAGUUUCAAGUUAAGAUAAAAAGAAACUGUAGGACAAAACGCUUUAGAAAAGGGGGAUGUGGGCAAGUAUACAAGCCCAAGUCUGUGACCAUCUGUGGGUGAUACUGCAGAUCUUUUGCUAACUAUCUGACUAGAAAAUGCCACAAUAGCAAGACAGGAUCAAACAAAAAUAUUUCUACUGCAGUAGCUUAUAAAGAGCAAGAAUAAUAAAUACAAUUUCCAUGGUGCAUUAGUCAAACUAAUAAAAUGUAUUCAUACCUAACCAUCACAUGCCCCUACCCUGAUAACUGAGCAGAAAAGAAGAUCAUUGCAAAGGGUGUCUUUUUUUCCGUUUCACAGCACUUAAAAAUCUGCCUCCCCGAGCAGUAAAUUUCUUCUGCUUAUUUAGCAGAAGGUGGCCACAAGGUGCUGUGCUAGUGGCAGAGAUACCCAACUGCUCUUUUUUCUUUAUACACUGACAGCACUGGGCUACUGUACAUACACACUGGCAGCAUAAUUUGUAUGAAUUCCUUUUAUUAAUGGGACUGCCGUGCAGCUUCUAUAAAUGACAUGCCCGCUGUUGACUGAACCCUACAAAGUGGUGGUACACAACUCAAGAGUCUCAAGUGCUGUGUAAUGAAGAUUCAGAACACCCACUCCCCUAAAUUUGUGUUUGAAAACCAAGAUAGCCAUCUGUUUACUUUGGCAGUACAAAUUAAUCCCACAGUUAUCAAACGCUAACCAGUUGCAAGUAAAAUAUUUUAAUUACCCGAGUGUUAAAAACAGAGAGCUACAGUAACUUUAAGGCAAAUACUGAUUUUUCAUAAAUAAUUUUAAAAAGUAUUCUAUUUACCUGAAAGGGGUAUUCCACAGCUGUCAAAAGCCUUUCUGCACUGCUGACACAAUGUCUCCAAGAUUCAUGCUUCUUAAAUCGUCUCCCUGGUAAGCUGUAUUUGGGAUGUCUGAAGAGGUGUGUGCACUUCUAGAGGCACAUUGUUCAAUCAACAUGGACUCCCAGUAAGUUGUACACUGUAACAUAUUUAGAAUACUCAUGGGGAAGAAAAAGUCAAGUAAAUGCAUAUAAUUAAAAAAUCCUAGCAGCUGCUACCACAAAGCUUUGUGUUCUGGUGCUCAUUCAGAUUGUUUUGGAUUUUUGGGCUAUGAGGCCAUUGAAGAUUGGGGGAACUUUUGUGUGGCAAACUGCCACCCCAAAAUAGAAAGUGACAAUGCAAAGAAAGAGGACAUUUUACUUGGCUAUAGUUUAACAUGAUAAGGAAAUAUUUUUAAUUUUUAUAUGAUUUUAAGCACAUAUUAAAAUGUUACAGAAAAAAUGUAAUGUGCUCCCAUGAUUUUUAAUUAAAAACCAGAAGGAUUAUUUAUUUAACGCUUCAUUUGUAAUGUUGGAAAGUGUACUGUGUUUUUUUUUUAUAUUAAAUGACUGAAGAAU